AUGUUUUUUCAAUUUGUGUGCUAUCUUGUGGUUGUAUGGCUGAUUUCUGCCUCAGAUGCGGAGAACUGUCCAGAGCUUCCCUCAGUGAACAAUAGCAUUUUUGUUGCACAGGAGGUGGAAGGACAGAUUCUGGGAACUUACUUUUGUCUCAAGGGCUAUCAUCUGGUAGGAAAGAAAACACUUUUUUGUAAUGCCUCUAAGGAGUGGGAUGCCCCUACUCCCACGUGCCUCUUGGGCCACUGUCCUGACCCUGUGCUGUUUCAUGGUGAGUUCAACUCCUUGGGGCCUGUGAAGGUGAGCGACAAAAUCACAUUUCAAUGCGACGAUCACUAUAUCCUCAAGGGCAGCAGUUGGAGCCAGUGUCUAGAAGACCACACCUGGGCACCUCCCCUUCCCAUCUGCCAAAGUAGAGACUGUGACCCUCCUGGGAAUCCACCUCAUGGCUAUUUUGAAGGAAGUGAUUUCAACUCAGGAUCUAACAUUACUUAUUAUUGUGAAAAGAGGUACCACUUGGUGGGCACCCAGCACCAGCAGUGCAUCGACGGGGAGUGGAGCGGUGCCGUUCCAGUCUGUGUACCAGCCCCUAAGACUGAGUUUGAGAAGGCCCUUUUUGCCUUUCAGGAGAGUAAGGAUCUUUGUCAAGCCACAGAGAACUUUAUGCAAAGAUUAGAGAAAAGUGGCCUCAUAAUGGAGGAACUGAAAUACUCUCUGGAGAUGAGAAAAGCUGAGUUGGUAGCAAAAAGGUUGCCUGGAUAUUGUAGCUGA